AUAUGCAGCAGCAACCCGCCCUGAGGACGCAUUCGCUCGUUCGCUUCACCAAAGCAAGCUCGAAUUUCGUUCGAAGUUUCGCAAAAGGCACGCGGAGUAAUUUGAACUCGAGUCUUUGAAACAAUACGACAGACAAGCACCAGUCACUGUUUGUGGUCGUUAAUCGAGAUACGGAGUUCCUAGACCCGCGACAUUGUCUCUUUUACGUCCAAUCGUAAGAGAAGUCGGCGAAAAGAACGAAGAAACUUUGAACACGUUCAGCAGUGAACCCUUCGAUUGAUAAAGGAGGCAUCAGGCUGACCCACAAGGACUACUCGAGAUCUUCAAAGCGGCCCCUGAGACCCGUGAUAACGAAUCAAUCUCAACGAUCAGAGAAAGAUCUUCGCACUUGAAGAACUCUGUGGAAGCUAUCACUUCGUGGAAAAAUCUUACUGAAGAGACACUCGAUAUAUAUCAAAUUAUGAUGGCUGUCGCUGCUGCCCAGAAGAACCGCGAGAUGUUCGCUAUCAAGAAAUCUUACAGCAUUGAGAACGGGUAUCCAGCCCGUCGCCGUUCACUCGUGGACGACGCCCGCUUUGAAACUUUGGUUGUGAAGCAAACGAAGCAAAGCGUACUUGAGGAAGCACGCCAGCGUGCUAAUGACACAAGUGCCGAUCAGGCGAUCGUGUGUGGUCAGGAGCAACUGCCCCAAGACGAAGAACACUACGUCGACGCCUCAUCGAGCGACGAUGAACAGGGUGAGACGCUCGCCUGCGCCGCUAAGGAAGGAGAAGCCAAGGCCGAAGCUUCCUCAUCGGACGGCGAAGGAAAAUUCGAAAAUGACGAUGCUGGUCUUACCGAGGAAGAAAUUGUGCUCGCCAAGACCAUCGCCGAGGCUCCGGAAGGCGAACACAGCGUCCAGAAAGCCGCUCUCGUCCUGCGUUUGCGCGAAGGGAUCGGUUCUCUUGGUCGCAUCUUGAAGACUGUUGAAAACUUCAAGGGUACCGUGACACACGUCGAGUCGCGUCCAUCCAAGAAGGAGGGUCUUCAAUUCGACGUGCUUGUCAAGGUCGAUAUGACUAGGCAGAGCCUUCUCCAGCUGAUCAGGAACCUAAGACAGAGUUCCAGUCUCGGUGGUGUCACUCUGCUAGCUGAUAACUCUAUGAGCAUCAAGGAUCCCUGGUUCCCAAGACACGCAUCCGAGCUGGACAACUGCAAUCAUCUCAUGACCAAAUAUGAACCCGACCUUGACAUGAACCACCCUGGAUUCGCUGACAAGGAGUACCGCGCUCGCAGGAAAACAAUCGCCGAGAUUGCCUUCGCUUACAAGUACGGAGACCCAAUCCCCAACAUCCGUUACACCGAAACCGAGAAUACUACCUGGUCUCGCGUCUUCAGCACCGUCGAGGAACUGGUACCUAAGCACGCCUGCGUCGAGUACCAGAGAGUCUUCCAGAAACUCAAAGAGGAACGUAUCUUCGAGGCCCAUCGCAUUCCCCAGCUGCAAGAGGUCAGCGAUUUUCUUAAGAAGAACACUGGAUUCACUCUGCGUCCUGCAGCUGGGCUACUGACUGCCAGGGACUUCCUGUCUAGCUUGGCUUUCAGGAUCUUCCAGAGCACCCAGUAUGUCCGUCACAUCAACAGCCCUUAUCAUACACCAGAACCUGAUUGCAUCCACGAGCUCUUGGGUCACAUGCCCCUUCUGGCCGAUCCGAGCUUCGCUCAGUUCUCUCAGGAAAUUGGUUUGGCUUCCUUGGGUGCGUCCGACGAGGACAUCGAGAAGCUUUCGACCAUCUACUGGUUCACCGUGGAGUUCGGUCUCUGCAAGGAAGGUCAAGAGGUUAAGGCCUACGGAGCAGGUCUGCUCUCGGCCUACGGCGAGCUUCUACACUCGUUGAGCGACAAGUGCGAGCACCGAUCAUUCGAGCCAAGCGUGACCGCUGUCCAGCCUUAUCAGGAUCAAGAUUACCAACCCAUCUACUACGUGGCCGAGAGCUUCGAGGACGCCAAGGAGAAAUUCCGUCGCUGGGUCAGCACCAUGAACCGACCUUUCGAAGUUAGGUACGACCCUCACACGCAGCAGGUGGAAGUCCUGGACAGCGUUGACAGGCUCGAGGGUCUCAUCUCUCAGUUGAACACCGAGAUGCUCCACCUCUCGAACGCCAUAAACAAAAUCAAGGCGUCCUUCGCGUAAGGACUCGAUCUGGAUGACCCAAAGUCCCAUAGCUCAUACCUCUCGCCAUAUGAUAUUCACCCUCGCGACCCAUCAUCUUAUUGAGCCUGGCUCUUAAUCAACGAGUAACUUGUCGUCGCCGAAAAAGAGAAAAACGCACCAACCACCGACGAGAACGAAUCCUCGGGACGGGAGCUUCGUGCUUGAGUAACUACGUCGCUAGUGUGACUGCAAGGCGACGAAUCCCGAAGGAUGCCACGGAGACUCCAGGAACGUUCCUUCAGGAUUUUUUAUUCAUUCGUACGAAGCUCUCUUUGAUAUCAUCAUCGUCAUUCUUCUCAUCAACCUCAAGUCUUCGCCCUGUGUAUAAAGUCGUCAUUUAUUAAUUCGCCCUGUACCCAUGCACGCGCACGUCCCACGCGCCAAUAUCUCUGUGCUCGCAAAUUCAACGUACGUGCGCGUUAAUGGGUAUUCACGCGUUACGUUACAUUGUAAUAUUAUAUUGACUUAACCCCCCCUGAAAUACGUAAUAAUCGCGCACACUAUUUCCCACGUAAAUUCCCAUUUUUGGGAUUUUAACGCGGUUUUCUGUGCACAAGGUAUGUGUGAUUUCUUAGUUUGCUGCAUACGUACUAACUGACUAUAAAUUAAUGCGGGUUUUCACCGCAGCGUUCCGUGAACUUUUGAUUCCAAGUAGAUCUCUCUUAUAUUGUUGGUAUGAAUGUGUAGACACUAAAUGAUUCGACCACUCAUGAUGGUACCGUGUGUACGCGUCGCACUGUCGUUAUAUAUAUUAAUAUGUCUAUGCAUAUAUAUAUAUAUAUAUAUAUAUAUAUAUAUAUAUAUAUAUAUAUAUAUAUAUAUAUGUAUACACGUUAGCGAUAUAUGUCGUAAAUCAAUCUGAAACGCAAAUCGAACUUUGCGACAGCGAUAUUUCUCGCUAGUAAUUAGUGUAGAUGGAUACCAUUAAUACGCUUACGCACCUUGCACUACUGCAUAUAUUGCUGAUUGUUUGUAAAGCGCACUGUUAUUCCUUUAUUACGUUAUUGCAAUUCAACAAGCGUACGAAUCAUUUGGUUUGUAUUAUAUUGUAAAGAACCAGCAUAAUAAAAAUCAAGAUUGAAUCUUAA